AAAAAGCGGUAGCGGUAUAUAAUGACACAAAUUCAUUAGUUCACAGUUCAUAGUGCAGAACUUAAGAACGUUCGACUUCAACUUCCACACAACUUGUGAUUCAAGGUUUUUCUUUCUAAAAAUACAACAUAAGAAAUGGGUCUAACGAAACAAGAAUGGGAAGCAAUGUUCAAUGACCUUGAUGAAAGUAAGGAUGGAACUUUGUCAGUUAAUGAACUUUCAAAAGGGCUCGAAUCUAGAGGCAUUUAUGUCAGUGACAUGGCACUAAAGUGCGUAUUGAAAUCCCUGGAUGUGAACUCUGAUGGCAAAGUAAGCAAGAGUGAGUUCGUUGAAGCGAUGUGCAGACCUAGUCUUAACGACCCGGACGCGUUGAAGAAGGCUUUUCACGAUUUUGAUAAAGACAAAUCUGGCUCUCUCUCCAAGAAGGAGUUGAUGAUGGCAAUGAAAUCGGUUGGUAUGGAAUGCACUUCUGAGGAAGUCGACGCUCUGAUACGUUCAGUUAGUAAAGAUGAUAACACUAUUGAUUACAUGGAAUUUGAGAAGGCUUUGCGAUAGAAAUACUUAUAUAAAGAAGUACAAUAAAGGUUUAUACCAAAUUUGUCUGCAUUAAUUAGAAUUCUCUUUAUAUACCUUUCAAUUUUGUACCAAAUGUUUUCAUAACAUGAAAUGAUAAUUGUUUCUCAUUUUAAUAGUUGUUCUGAUUUGAAAAAUAAAUCAAUAACGAUAUAA